UAUCAGCUGUCACUAUUGGAUUUCACAAUUCCAAAAUAAAAUGAAAAAAUAAAAUCUGUUCAUCAUUCAAUUGGAUCAUCACAAUAGUUUAUCACCAAAAAUGUGGCAUGAAGCAAGAAAACAUGAGAAAAAAAUUCGUGGUAUUAUGAUAGAUCAUAGACGUCGUGCCGAAAAACGUCGAGAAUUUUAUGAAAGUAUCCGUAGAGAUCCGGCAUCAUAUCUUCAGAUACAUGGUCAACAAAUGAAAAUACAUAUCGAUCCGCUCAUUUCACAAGCUGCCGAAUCAUCUUUAGUACCGUGGAUGGGUGAUCAAAAUAACCUGAUAGAUCGAUUCGAUGUUCGUGCCAAUUUAGAUUGUAUACCAAGUUCAGCAGAUGUUGGUACAAAUGACAAUGAUGAAGGGUUGCUUACAUCCGAUCAAGAAUGUCAGCUCAAUUAUGAGCGAUUUCGUAAUCUUGUGCAAAAUGAUUUUGUUGAUAAUAAUGAACAAAAAGUUUUACAUAAAAUAUUUCUUAAAGAAAAAUGGGGAGAACAACAACAGCAGACAAAUAAUGUGAAAACAAAGAAUGAAUUGAAGAAAAAAUUGGCGGAAAAAAAGUCUGCGAUUGGAUAUAAUUAUGAUGAUAAUGAUGGUAAAUCAUCUAAAAAUGAUGAUGAGACAUCAAGCGAAUCUGGAGAUGAUUCGGAUGAUGAAGAAUUUGAAGAUCUUGACACUAUCGUGUUUGUUGAUCAAUUGGAUUUGGAUAUGUGUGAACGUGUUAAUAUUGUUGCCAAAAAAUAUGGCAUCAAAUCUGGAGCAUUUAUGAAAUUCAUGCAAGCUGAUAAAGCUGAAGCUGAUCGUUUGCGCAUUGCUAAAGAAAUAGAGAAUGAAAAAUCAAUGUUUGUUGGUCGUAAAUCUCGUCGAGAACGUAAAGUAUUAAUCCAACAACGUUUGUUGAUUUUACGUUCAAUCAAUAUGGAUGAUUGUGAAGUUGAUCAUUUUGCUGGAGAAGAAAAACAACAGAAAAAUAAAUCAGAUUCUUCAUCCGCUGAAAAUGAUGAUGAUGAUGAUUCGAAAAGUGAAAUUGAAGAAGGAAAAAUUGAAUUUAUCACAUCAUUUGGUAAUGAUGAAGAUGAAACUAUGGAUAAACCGGUGAAUAAAAAGAAAUUGAAAAAAAUUGUUCAAAAAUCAAAAGAAUCAAAUAAAAAGAAAUUAUCAGAAAAAUCGAAACAAAUACCAGCCAAACAAAUUUCAUCGAAUCAACCAUUGAUAUAUGGUCCAACAUUGCCUGUUGAUGUGGCCAAUUCAAAAGUCGAUUCUAAUAUUCGUUUUAAUCAUACUUCUAAUUCAAAUGUAAAAAAUCGUCGCUGUUUUCGUGAGGCUAACAAUGAUGAAAAAUUUACAUUCGAUCGAUCUCCCUCAUAUACCAUUCGUCGUUCACCAAGUGUACGUCGAAGAUAUUCAAGUGAUGAUGCUAAUUCUUCCGAUGAAAGUAUGAGCCAUAGAAGUCGAUCUAGUCGACGACGGCUUUCACCACCAUCUAGAUAUCGAAGUCGGUCUCGUUCACAUUCUCGUUCACACAAUUACCGGCGUAGUAGAUCAAAAAGUCCACGCCGUAGAAAAACUUCAUAUCGAAAGCGAAGCAGAUCAAAAAGCCCUAUUCGUAGAUCUGAUCGCCCAUCUUCGAGACACAGGGAUCACAAGCAAAAACAAAAAUCUCCAAAUCAAAGUCUUAUUCCUAUCAAAACUAAUGAUGUAAAACUCGAAACAAAUGAUGAUAAUAUGAAAUUAUACAAAUUACUAGAAAAGAUUGAAUCAAAUGCCAAAAAAUGUCGAAGAGCUAGUUCUAGAGACAGAAAAAGUGAAAAAACUGAUGAAAUUGAAGCGAAAAGUCAAUCCGAAUCUAAGUCAAUGAUUAAUUUGGUGGUGGAAAAAGAAAAAUCGCCACCAAUUAAACGAUAUUAUCGUCAUGAUUUAGUCGAUUCUCAAAGCGGCGAUGAUCAUAGCGAUGAUCCAAACAUCGAUUCUGACGAGAAAAAAUCAAACCUUUCUGUAAUUCAUGCAAAUUCAUCCGAACCAACUAAACAUUCAUCAUUGACUAAUUUAACACCUUCAGCAGCAUCAAAAUCCAAUUCAUCAUCAUCAUCAUCAUUGGUAAUAACACCACAGGAACGUCUUAAACGUUUGAUGAAAGCUCAAUUAGAUAAACAAUAUAAAUUGGAUAAAAAAGCUGAAAAUGAUCGAUUAGAAAGACGAAAAAUAGAGCAACGUGAACGUAAAGAAGAAUUUGAUAAAUUAUCCAGACGUAAUAGACGAUCUCCUAGUCGAUCAUCGGAUUCUUCUCGUUCAUCUCGAUCAUCAUUUAGUUCAUAUUCGAAUUCGGAUUCAUCAUAUGAUAGACGAAAAAGGUAUCAUUCAAGAUCUAGGUCCCGAUCACGAUCAAAAUCUCGACAUGGAACUAAAGAACGUUAUCGACGACAAAGAUCUCGAUCCCGAUCAAUCACACCCCAUGAUCGUCGACAUUAUCAUCAUCAUCAUCAUCAUCAUCAUAGUAACCAUUCAUCAACAUCCAGGUAUCGAUCAUCAAGACGAUAAAAGUCUUGAUGAAAAAUUCUCUUUAAUUUAUUUUUUUUGUGAAUAAAGAAAAAAUAAAAUAAAAUUUUAUUCAAAAAAAAAAAU